ACACUAGCUAUAUAAUCACUAGUGAGCGCGAGUAGAGGAGACAACGGGCCGUCGUCCAAAGCCAAAAGAAAAACAUCUCGAGUCGCAGAAAGAGGACGACGGGCCAGAUAUCAGUCCGGCGGAACUCGAGCCUAUAAAGAUGCAGCGCCGAAGAGUGGCCCUGAAGCAGGUCGUCGUUCACCAGGUAGUACAGCUCUGAGUCGGAGCUUCUCUUCCUCGUCAGAGAGCAGAAGAGACAGAAGCCCGCAAGGACGACGGCAGCAGUAGCAACAGCGUCUCGUUGGUGCGCGCGUCGUCCCUGUAGCUCGAGAUCUCAGCGACCAAGUGCUCGUCCCCGGGAGCGUUGAAGCCCACCGGUAGGUGGGGACGAUGCUGCCGUCGACGAGGAGGAGAAGGAGCACAGCAGCGGCUCGUCGGGCCGCGCGUCACCGGCUGGCCUCCUAAUACUGGCAGCGGCUGAACCUUCGCCGAGCUUCGUCCGGCUCCGGGAGUCGAGGAGGUCGAGGCGCCAACAGGAUCAUGGCCACCCAGGGACCGAGCAGCCAAGCGGCCGCUAACGGACCGCCCACCCCUGGCAAGCCACCACUGUCUGUGUCGCCCCAGCCCCAUCAUCAGCAGCAACAGCAGCAGCAGAGCAAUAAUUUUGAGCCUUUGGACAAGAGCUCGUCCAAUACAUUGAAGCGUAACCCAAAGAUGGAGCUGUGUAAAACAGAUCUGCUGAAGCUGCUCGGCUACUUGGAGGGUGAACUGCAAGCCCGUGAUAUUGUAAUUGCAGCUUUGAAGUCGGAGAAGAUGAAGCAGCUUUUGAAUUCGCGAUACCGAAGCGGGACGUCGGAUCCUCACUCUGCGCUCGCUAGAGAUGUGGCCCUGAUUGGUGGUGCUAGUGGAUCCCAGGGAAAUCAGGCAGAUCAGCUGGGAGCCACCCUUGAGGCUCUGAUCACUCGGCAGAGAUACAUGAAAAGUCACAUGGCAAACGUGAUGAAAAACGCCGAGCUCAGACAUCGAACGGUGAUAAAGGAGCUGGAAGAAGAGAAGCAAAAGCACGAGCACGACACGGCCCAGGGCGAUGACAUAACGUAUGGCCUGGAGAAAGAGCGCACUCGACUAAAGAAAGAGUUAGAGAUGGAGAAACAAGAGAAGAAACGUCUUGAAGCGGAGGCCAAGAAAUUGAGCGAAACUCUUGAGGAAGAGAAGAACCGACAUAAGCAGAUCGUUCUUAUAUUGCUCGCCGAGCGCAAGAAGAUCAUUAUAAAGUACAUAGAGGAGCGCAAGAGGUCAGAGGACCUUGCCCAAAUACUCAGCGAAGAAAAGGUGCGCACGGACUCGAUGGCGGAAGGUCUGGAAGAGGAGAGCAAGAAAUCGCUGCACAUGGAAGCGGAGAUGGAGAAGCAGCAAGCGCAGUUUGACAUUGAGAGGUCGCAGUUCCGCCAGACGACUGCCAUGAAGGACAAGAAGUUGAUGGAGCAGCAGCAGGAGCUUGAUAAGCUCAGGGCUGAACUCGAAAUGCUAAAAGAACAGCAAGCUCGCGUAGUGCUCAGAACUGUGGGGGUAACCCCACCACCGCCGCCGGCUAAACCGGCAAAUCUUGCAGCCAUGCCGACAUUGAGGACUGCCGCUGCUCCUCCAACAGUGAAAGGAGCGGUUCUAGGCGCCGGUACACCAAUGGUCAGUAGUAAGGUGGUACAACCCACCGCCACCGUCUCCAGCGUACCAGUCAGCGGGCCAACUACUGGCAUCGCCAGAUCUGUGACGCCGGGCCAGGCAUUGCGCGGAGUUGUAUUCGGCACAGCCGGUGCUCCACCAACUGCAACAACAGUGAUCGAUGGCGCAGUACCUGCUCCAGACGCCGCAACCGGCGCACAGACGCUGAAACGAGUUCCCGGACCGGUGCCGCCACCGACAGUACCAGCGUCAGUGGUGGCAGCAGUACCUUCACCAGCAGGAAAGAAGCCGAUAGUGAUUCCGCCAAGUGGCGUUGCGACUGUGGCCAGGGGAGCUCCACCACCGGUGCCACCUAACAAGCCAGUGGUUCCGCCCAAGAAGGAAGUAGCCGCUGCCUUCCUGAGGAGAGCCGAGAGCAGUGCUGCGGAACAGCAGCCGAGCAGUGUCAAGCAGUUUGUCAAGCAGAACACCGUCAUCGCCAAUCCCGCAGCGCAACAGCCCGCCGCCGUUGUCACCGAUGACGAGGCGAAGCCACGUUGAUUUCGUAGGUAGGAUGAUCAUCGCCGAGAGUCUUCUACGAGAGAUCGCACCGGAGCCACAGAAGAAUCUCCUCAUCCAGCCAUCGAUUUUUGAGCGCAAUACAGUACGACGGGACGAGUCACGAAUCAAAAGCGCAGCCGCUCGUUUUGCAAAAGUUUUAAUAGCGAAUUGUCCCCUUACCGAGAUCCAUAGCGUAGCUUCCUAAAAUAACUCGACUCCUAUUGAGAGUCCUAUUUAUAGGCGAUACCGCUCGACGGAAUGUAUAUCAAACGGUACGGAUGAUCAUUCAUGUACACUGCCUUCAUUGCACGCUCGACAGGUACACUCAACACGCGCGAAUAAGGCAUUUUUUGCGGAGAAGGUAUGUUAUAUCGAGUCGCGUCUUUACGUAUCAAUCGCAGUAUAGGCGAGAACUAAAAGGUAAGACAAAACGAGAGAGAGAUACGAUCGUUUCUUGAUUAUUAAUUUUACGAUCUACUGCGACUUGCAAUAUUGUACGGUGCGGCAUUUUUUAACGCAUCAUUAUAUAGAGAGAAAGAACUUUGUAAUACACUUGCGCAUGUUAUAUACAUCUCUUUCCGUUGUAGCCGUUACACGUGCAAUUUUUUCUUCGCUUCGAAGCAAACGAUGUAUAAUUAUUACAAAUAUACAUGGACGCACGUCGUGCGCGAGAGUCGGACAUAAUAUAGGUCUACCACUUUGUAUUUUCCUGCCUUCCGUGAAGGUCCUCUUUCUCUCUCUCUCUCUCUCUCUCUCUCUCUCACUCUCUUGAGCCGAGCUAUAUUAUAUCAAGUUCGAUCGAACGACACGAGCGCGAAUAAACACAAAGCACAACCAGAAAGAUGGUAAAAUUAGUAAUAAGGAGACGCACGAGCGGGGUUAUAAUGAUGAUUAAUCGCAAAGCAAUACUAUUACUACUUACUACUAAACUACUACAUAACUGACUGUGGCAAACUAAGUUAUUGAAUACUCAGAGCGCGUCGGAGCUAUGUUUGAAAACGACGGGAUAGAGGGGUCGUCGUCGUUUCUAGUCGCUCGCGCGAAAAUUUCGAGAAAGAUUUACCCAUGAAUGAGUAGCGAGAAUUCGCGUAAGUUGCAUACUCACCUCUAAAGUAGAGACUCGUAGGAAACUCCUCCCGGUUCUUCGUUUGCCCUUUUUUUUUUAAUUUGUAUAUUGACUGACCGUGCGACGGUCUGCAUGUAUUUUUUUACGGCGAUUGAUUUUCGAUCGUGCGAAUAUCAGGCAUUAUAUACUUAGCUGAUUAAGUAUUACAAUUAUAUGAUUUUCCUUUUUUAUAUAUGAUGAUUUUUUUAUCCUUAAGUUAUAUGAGUGACGAUAAAGAGAUAUAGAAAAAUGUAUAAAUGAAUGUAUAAAUGGAUGGCGAGAAUCGCGAAGCGCGCGUUUUAUUGUCCUCUUAUCAUGUGAUCUCUAUGUGAAUCGUUUUAAGGCUAUGCACUUGACUCGAUCAAAGCGUAUUGUGUUAAUAUUUUUAUUAACAAGGGACUUUCACAUAUUAUUUCGACUACGUACAGUAUCAGUUGGCUUGCGUUAUGUUCAAGAGGUUUUAAGAUUUUGGUCGAGUCAAUUGCAUUUAAUUAUUUUUCUUCAACUGUACUGUUUGACAUAAUCUCCCUAAUCGAAAUAUGGUAAUGCAUAGUCUUCCAGGAUUCUAAAUCGCAAACUAUGACAAAGACAGGAAUGUUUCUGUAGAACAGUAUUUGUCUUGAUACGAGAAUCGCAGCAUGACUUGAUGCGUGUAAUUUUAUCGAGCCAUUUAUAUUGAUUGUUUUAGGCCGAGUCCUUUUUUUCUCUUUCGAUUUGAAGUAACGGUCGAUUAAGCAUUUAAGCAUGUCGCGUUGUAUACUUACUACUCGACAAAAUUGUAAAUAGUAAUUUAAAAUAGCGUAUUAUAUGGAAUAUCUGUAAAAAUAUCAUAAUCAACUGAAUGUUAACUAAAAUACUCAAAUUUAGCACACCACACAAACACAAACAUCCGAGCAAGUUGUCUGGCAAAUUUUUGCCAAACAGGUAUUGUUAUAUUAGUUCACUCAGCACCUCAAAACAUUUAGUGAUUUUGUAUAAAAAGUCAUACUCGAAAUCAUGGACAGUGAAACUUCUCCACAACUAUCACGAAAUGUACGCGAAUCGAGUAUAUGGACGUUCAUUUUAAAAUGCAAUCAUCAAAAGAAAAAUCAAAAAACCGUAGCCAAAUGCACAAGAGAAGAGAAGUUUCACUGCAUUUUGUAAGCUGAACAGAUAAUGGAUAAUUUCGAUGAAUUUACUUAAGCAUCUUUGUAUAGAAAAGAAAAUGAAAAAAAAAAACAAAAUAUACGUACCAAUACUAAAAAGAUCGAUAUUAUAAUUUUCACUUUUGCUGUACUUUGUAAAUACACUCGUGUACUACAAAAUCGAACAGGAAAUUCGAUCUCUGGACAAAGACUGCGAAAGGCGUAUUAUAUGAUUUCGAGCUUCGACCGCUUAUGCUUCAUUAAAACUUCGCCUCUCACUUUCAUCAAUAGUAAUUGUUUCUCUUAGCGUCUAUUCUGAGUUUCUUUACACCGAUCUAUCGAGGGUUCGAGUGAAUUCGUUUUUUCGGGCAUUACAACUCAGGUUUCUAGUGUAUUGCAAUUAUGUCAUAAGACUGAUGAAUACGGGCAACUUUGAUGUGAAUUUAUUCUCCUGACAAUGUCUUCUCUUCAGAGUUAAUUUCACUUUCGAUAACGACUCAUUGACUGCAUUUUACAAAAUGUACAAACUUAAUCGUAAUAUUAUUUCACAUUUGAUCGGUGACGACUUUGGUCAUUUAAAACGACUGAUCGUGACCAUUGGUUUUUCUGUAACCAUCUACGCUUUUUGCAUGAAUAUGAAAUUCUAUCUUUUAUAUAACUUUUGAACGCACAGGUGUACCGAUUUAUAUUCAAAAAUCACUCGAGCCCUCAGUAUAUAAAUUACGAGUAGAAUUAAAAUAAACUAUCGCUUUAUAAUCAAAUUUUUCAAUGGUUUCAUUUGAACAUAGAACAUUAUUUAUUGCAUACACUAAAGGAAAAGUACUGGGUAAUAAUGGUUGUUUGCCAAUGAAAGGAUAAUAAUUUGGAUUUCCUCUAGUUUUUCCAAACGAGUAUAAAAGAACACUUUGUAGAUGUAAAAGUAGAGGUGUUAGCAUUAUAAAAUUACAAUCACGCGGGCAGACGUAGCGAUUUUAUAUAUAUAUAUCAACGUUAUCACAUGUUAAUUGUGUAUGUCAAAGUGCACUAGAUUCUUUUCAACUCUGUUCUUGUAUUUUACUUUCGCUCCUUGUUGCUGUUAUAAUCCGACCAAGUAUAAAAAAAAAUAUAUAUACCUACAUAACUUUGUACCUCUAAAGAAUUUUGACAUGUCAUGAAAUUUGACGAACGAUGCAUCGAAAUAGUCUGUUUUUCUUAUUGUCCACGACAGUUGCUCCCUUUCUUUUGUAACUUUCGAUCAAAUAGUUUUUUUUUUUACCAAGAAUAACGAAAGUGUAAAUACAAACAAUAAACUUGAAAAAAAAGUAGACCAAGUAGGGGAAGAAGAACAUAACAGCGCGAUUUUGAUACAACCGCUGAGGGAGAAUAUUGUUGAAGGCCGAAAUUGGCUGUAUAACUGAGAUAAUAAAAAUGAAACCUAAAAGUCGUAAUUUAUAAGAUACACACAUAAACACACUCUCGAGUCAUCAAUAGCGAAGUCCCGUUGCAAAAUGCAGAACAAGAUAAGUUGUAACGACGUUUUGUUUUGUCUUUCGAACAUUGUAAUGUUGUGUCAGAGAAUGAAAGGUUCGUUAAUGAAGCCCGAAUACAGUUUUAGUAAUAUGGUAACUAUAUAAAAAAAGUCAUGUUUCACAAAAGUGUAUUUGUUAAGUAAUUUUAGAGAAAACCGAGCAAAGGUUUUUUCCCUGUUGUGCUGUAAAUAUUAAUUGCUUAGAGAAUAUGUAGACAGUAAUGAUUGCAGAAAGCUUAAAAGCUGAAAGCGUAUUAUAGAAAUCUUAACUUUAUUUCUAAAGGUUUGAAGCCACUGGUGUUUAUGCAACAGUAACAUUUUCUGAUUGUUUGGUCGAUUCACUAGUUCAGUUCCCUUGAUUUCUGUAAAUACGCGAAAGUCGUAACAAAUCAUUACGUUAAAUCUUCUUUAAGGAAUAUCUUAAUGUUGAAGAAAUGAUUUAGCGAAAUAAUUAUAGCGAAAAUUAGACUCAUACAGAGCGUAUAAUGGGAAUCGCUUGCGAUCGACUAUGAUAUCCUAUCUCUCAUCCUUUCUUUUCGCUUAGUUUUUACAUGGCUGAAGUCGAAAGCCAUUUCUGUCCAAAAUUGUAACGACAUUGUAACGACCAUUACCAUCAGUGAUGUAAAAGAUUAACAAAAAAACACAAUAUAAUCAGUUUGUGAAAAA